UUACGGCAGUGGCUGAAGAGCUGUGGAAAGGAAGUGAACGAAUUCUUUAUUAGUGAAUUGUGGUUGCUUGUUGGCUUGUUUCUUUAUGGGCUUAAUCUCUUCAUAACCAGAUAUUACACAGUGUUUUAACGGGACAGUCCUGGGCACAUUUCCCACAGAAAAACUCCGGAGUAACGGCAGUUUCUGACAGCGAGUAGCGGUAACCGGGUUCCAGCGACCCCGAGCACAAUGCUGCUCACAGUGUUUUGUGCACCGAGAGACCGCUCGGAAACCACUUUCGCACUCGACGUGUCCCCGGAGCUUGAACUCAGGGAUUUUUUGGCUCUUUGCGAGCUAGAAUCAGGAAUACCAGCCAGGGAGAUUCAGAUUUCAUAUGCAGAGCAGCCUUUACAUGAUCCCACCCGAGCCCUGGGGAACUAUGGACUGAAAGAUGGAGACGUGGUAGUGUUACGACAAGCAGAGAAGUUACUAGGGCCACAACCCACAGUUCCUGGUAAACCAGCAUAACUUGAUCUUUUUUAAAAUGGAUCAACGUGAGCUUAUGGCAUUAAUCAUAGUGAAUCUUAAAGGGGUCAUAUGAUGCGAUUUCAAGUUUU